CAGGAGGUGGAGAAAGACGAUAAAUCAGGAACUCAGUGUAGUGAAACACACUCGCUGUGCUUCUCUCUGUGCUGUUAUUAAACUCCAGGCUGAAACAUGGCGAGGAUUCUGAUCUGCUUCUUCUGCGUUUUUGCACUAAACACUAACAGAGCAACAGCUUACUGGGUAACAGCAAAUAAUGAUGUAACACCACCAGCACCAUUUCCACCAACUACACCAGGAACAGCGUGGGAAACCAGGAAUCUUGGUGGAUUGAUGUUCAGCGUGAUGCCCAAUGCUGUUGUCAGUUUCCGCUCAGUCACUCUCUCUAACGUCACCGGACUCACGCUGUGUUUGAGAGCCGUGACGGAGCAAAAGUGGCUGAUGGAAGAUGGACUUUCGCUCACGUUUGAUAAAAACGUUGCAGUUAAUAUUGGUGACUUUAACACUGCUUAUGAAUACAAGCUACAGGUAGCUUUCUCCAACGUGAAGUUUAAUAGGUUCUCCAUGGUACUGGCUCAGGGGGUUCGCUCUCUGUGGAAGAGCAGCUGCUUGACCUGGGACUCCAGCAGUGGAAUGGCACAACUGUGGUUCGACGGCAAGAUGAGCGCUCGCAAAGGACUCAGCAGAGGAACGGUGUUUUCUGGCCAGCCUGAAUUAACCAUGUAUCAGUUUGAGGGUCAGGUAUCUGAUGUCUACCUGUGGGAUUCGGUCCUCAGUGUCCGAGAGCUCCACAGGUACCUGUAUCACCACUCGGUCCCAUCUCGAGGCAGCAUCCUGGACUGGAAACAGAUGGAGUUCAGAUCUAGCGGCUACGUGGUGCUGGAGCCUGCUUACCCCAAGCGGCUUCCUGCUGGUGCUGCUAAGCGCAAGAAGCAGAAAAUGAUGAAGGCUCUGAGGAAAUGGCAGAAACAGGAAGUUUAACCCUGCUGUAGAGUUCUACGCAUACUGAGUGUACUUAGCAAUGCUGUGUCUCAUUUACCUUUUUAUAAAAUUUAUAAAUAUCUCCUCUUCAUCUCAGCGAUAUUAAACCUUUACUUACAGAUCAAAAUGGCAGUUGGAGAUGUUACUCUGUGUAAACAAGAGCAAUAAAAUACUUCAUAUUUUGAAACUAAAA